CAUUUGUGUGUAUCACAGCAAGUUGCGGCAGUCACUGGCAAAUGUGCUAGCUAGAUGCAACAACAGCAGCAGCGGCGGAGGCGGCGGCAGUGCAACACUCGAUGCCGAGACCAAACGUGAGGUGCAGCAUCACGAGAAUCAUGAUAAAGAUUGGUGGAACCAGAACGGCACAAUGGAAGCCCUGCAUGCCCUAAAUGAAAUACGUGUGCCCUUUAUACGCGAUGGCAUCGUUGCGCGCGGCAAUGUGAAGUCUCAUUACGUAAAUACCACAAAGGUGUUGAAGGGACAGCGCCUGCUGGAAGUCGGUUGUGGCGGUGGCCUGCUCACCGAACAGCUGGCGCGCCUGGGGGCCCAGGUUACUGGCAUAGAUUUGGCCGAGAAGCUAAUUGCCGCAGCUCGUGAGCAUUUAACGGAGCUCAGUCCGGAGCUGUGCAGCAAUGUGAAGUACAAAAUGGAGCCAGUAGAUCAGCAUGCCAAAGCAAAUUGCGAGCGCUACGAUGCCGUCAUAGUAUCCGAGGUACUGGAGCACGUGGAGGACAAGGUGGCCCUGCUGGAAGCGUGUGUGCGUAGCCUCAGACCAGGGGGAUCCAUCUUUAUCACCACCUUGAACAAAACUCUGCCCAUGUGGGUGGCCGGAGUGGUCUUGAGCGAGUAUGUACUGAACCUGGUGCCCAAGGGCACGCAUCAUUGGGAGAAGAUGAUUUCCCCAUUGGAUGUUCAGCGCAUAUUGGACACGAUGAACUGUCAGACCGUGUUGGUGAAUGGCAGCACCUACGACUUCUGGAGCAACACUUGGCGCUGGAUAAACACGACCCAAAUGUGUUACGCCCUGCAGGCAGUGAAGGAAUCGGAUUGAAUUCGUAUAUUUUAGAUAACUAGACUAAGUCACUAUGUUACAACUAAGAAGUUUGAACCAAUGAUUAAACUAAGGCUGCGCCUAAUCGUCGUCUUCGUCGCGAGGUCUCUUGAA